AUGGGCUUGGGGCUCUAUGAACAAGGAGUCUCUGAGUUCCCUCAUUUCCCCGAGAGCAAUGAACGCUUUGGCCUGGGUUACGAGUUCAAGAAGAGUGAUCCAGAGAAAAGGUGGCGCAACCGCGCCCGAGCUCAGAUUCUCUUGGCUUCGAAAGAUAGGGAAAAGACUACAUUCAUCACCGAGUGGGGAACCUACUGUUAUCGGGUCCAGUGUUUCUUGGGAAAAAUUCAAUUCAUCAGUCGAUUCAUCGCCAAGUUGACCUUGACUUGUGAACCAUUCUUUCGACUACUUAAGAAAGAUGUAAAGUUCGAGUGGAACGAGAAGUGUCAGAAAGCUUUUGAAGCGGUGCGAACUUAUCUCCAGAACCCUCCGAUCCUGAUGCCGCCUACACCAGGAAAACCUUUGAUCCUAUACUUGUCCAUCACGCCCUCAUCAAUGGGGUGCAUGCUGGCACAAGAAGGAGAAGAUGGGGUUGAAAGGGCGAUUUACUACUUGAGCAAGAAGAUGGUAGGAUGCGAGGAGCGAUACACUUCACUGGAAAAGACAUGUUGGGCGCUUGUAUGGGCCACAAAGAAGUUGAGACACUACAUGCUCGCUUACUCGGUGAUACUGAUCUCUCGGAUGGAUCCUCUCAAGUAUCUAUUCGAGAAGCCAUCACUUACCGGUAAGCUAGCGCGUUGGUUGCUCUUGUUAGCGGAAUUCGAAAUCAAGUACGUCACUCGCAAGUCAGUGAAAGGGAGAGCGGUGGCAGAGUUUUUGGCAGAUCGUUCGAUUGAAGGGCCAGAGCACACAGAAUUUCAAUUUUCGGAUGAAGAUGUGAUGUCGACGGUCAAUGAAACGUGGAUGUUGUACUUCGAUGGAACCGCAAAUCAGAAAGGAUUCGGGAUUGGCAUACUGCUGGUCUCGCCUGAGGGGUCGCAUAUUCCUUUCACAUUCAAGUUGAACUUCGAAGUUACGAACAACGAAGCUGAGUACGAAGCAUGUAUUGUGGGAAUGGAAGCCGCAUUGGAGAUUGGUGUCAAGGUGCUAGAAGUCGUCGGAGAUUCCAACUUGGUUGUAUCGCAAGCAAACGGAGAAUGGAAGGUCAGAGACGAGAAAAUGAAGCCGUAUCAUCAGCAGCUCGAUGAACUUCUCCCGAAUUUUCAAAAGGUAACCUUCACGCAUGUACCGAGGAUGAAGAACCGCUUCGCAGACGCCCUGGCCACUUUGGCAUCCAUGCUGGAACUUCCAAUUGGGGUGAAGCUGAGGCCUGUCAUGAUUGAGCAGAGGGGAAAACAUGUGUACGACUAUGUCAUGAACAUCGACGAACCGGACGAUGGACUCCCUUGGUUCUAUGAUAUUCGGAAUUUCGUCGAAAAGGGGGAGUUCCCUGUGGAUUCAACUAAGAAAGAUUGGAUCGCACUGCAACGACUCGCAUCUCAAUACAUCAUCUGUGGAGGACAAUUGUACCGGCGAUCUCCUUGCGGAGUUCACAAGUUGUGUGUUCACGGUGACGACAUGAAAGCAGUAAUGGAAGAAGUUCACGAAGGAGGAAAAGUUCUGGAACUCUUUGAGUAA